AUGUCGAACGAUGACGAUCAAUCAUCAAACGGUAAAAAUGAGAAUAAUGGUACAUCUUCUCCUCCUUUGAACUUAAAUCAUGCUAAUUUGCAUCCAACAAUUAAUAAUGUUGAUGAGUCAACGAAAAAUGAAAAUUUAAAAUUUUAUCCAACGUGUAUUGAUGAGGAAGAUCUAGAGGAAGAUGUUAAUGUUUAUGAUGAAACAUAUGAUGAGUGUAUGUCAGAAAAAAGUGAAUCGAUAGCAAAACCAUUGGAAAUCAUUCCAGAUUUAGAUCAAUUACAAAUCGCUCUACAAGCAAUUCAAGAACAACAACAUUUACAAAUGAUUAUGAUUAAACAAUUUCAAAUGCAACUACAAUCUUAUCAACAACAACAACCGAAUAGCAGUAAAAAAUCUAGAAAAAGUUUAUUAGAGAAUGAGACUAAUUUUGAUGAAGAGAAUGAGAAUGAAAAAGAUAUUAGAUUAAGUAAUAAUUCAGAGAAUGAUCAAAAUUUUAAAACAAGUUUACUUUUAAAAGAAAAUUUAUAUGCGGCCAAUGAUCAAACAUCGAAUUUAUACCGUCGUAAAUGCACAUACUGUGGAAAAGGAUUUCAGAGUAUUAGUCAAUUAAAAAUCCAUUAUAGAUCACAUACAGAUCGAUUUUUAAAAUUGUCUCUUAAUAUUUUAGGAGAAAAACCGUUUCCUUGUACGUUGUGCGAUCAUCGUUUUACCACACGUGCAAAUUUAAAAGUUCAUUUUGAACGACACUGUUUAAGAUCAGAACGAAAACAUGCCAAAAAACAAAUACCACUGUCCUCUCCCAAUAAUAUGAAAGAAAAUGCAAAACUGAAGCAAGAUGAUGAUAUACCAUCUACACCGUUAAAUUUAUCUACGCCUAAAACUGAGCCCGUUUUACCCAAUAUACCUGUUGAGAAUGAAGAAGAUGAUGAUGAUGAAGAUCAAGAUGAACAAGAGCUUCCCAUUACAACACCGUCAACAGGCACAGGGACUUUAUCGAAUAAUUCAGUAAUUAAUUUUGCUCAAUUUCAAAUGGAAUCAAGAGAAGGAGAGCCAGAAGAUCCAAAUAUGGCCAAAUUAAAAGAUAUGAUUGAUCAACUAGAACGUACCACAAAUAAAACAGAUCCAAAUGAAUGCGUUGUUUGUAAAAGAACUUUAAGCUGUCAAAGUGCAUUAAAAAUGCAUUAUAGAACGCAUACGGGUGAACGUCCAUUUCGAUGUAAAAUAUGUGCACGUGCAUUUUCGACUAAAGGAAAUUUGAAAACUCAUAUGAAUGUUCAUCGAUUAACCGGUACAGUGCCAUCACCAACAAUAAAAUCGAACUUUGAAACAUGUCCUAUAUGUCAAAAACAAUAUCCAAAUGAUGUUCAAUUUCAACAACAUUUAAAAGUCCAUUUAAAUGAAUCGAAUCCCGCUAAAGUUGAAGCCGCAAUGAAACUAAUGGAAAACGGACAUGACAGAUUAAACGAAAUAAGUGGUGGAGAAGAUUUGAAUGAAUCAUCCCAAACAUCGAUAUCACAUAAUUCGCAUGAUGAACCAUCCAGUGUGACUGAAUCAACUUCUCAACAUGUUUCGCCAUCAGUAUCGACUAUCAACACACAAACCACACAGUUGUCUUCAUCAGAGACAACAGCUACAACAUUGUCGAAUUCGAUUGCAGCAAUGGCCUCAGCUGCAGCCGCAGCAUACACCACAAAUUCAUUGACUUAUCCACAUCCAUUUUCCUUACUUGCGCCUAGUUUUUAUCCAGCAGCAAGUCGAAUGACACUGUCACAAUUGGGCAUAUUAAAUGGGUUAAACGCCGCUGCAACAUUUCCGUUUUUUGCCGCUAUGGGAGGUGCAGAUCCAUCAACUUACGGUCAACAAUUUCAGUCUACAAUGAUAGACGCAAACAAUAAUAACAGUAUAUCUACGAAUAAAUUAGGUGACAGUGAAAAUGAAAUUAAUGUUGUCGACGAUUAUAAAAUGCAAAUUGACUCUGAUAAUUCAUCGUUGGCAUUGAAUAUUACUAGUGCACCGUCUCUUUCAAGUCCUGUUUCACCAGCAGACUCGACCGGUCAUUCAUCUAUGAGAUCACGAUCUCGUUCAUCGUCAAGAGGAACGGAAACAAGUCCAACAAAUGAUGGAGGUGAACAGAAUUAUUCCUCAGGGUCGUCUAGUCGACGUCUAUCAUCUCUACAACAUAUAUGCAGUGUUUGUACAAAAAAUUUUUCAUCAGCAUCCGCACUUCAAAUUCAUAUGAGAACACAUACGGGAGAAAAACCAUUCAAAUGUCAUGUUUGCAACCGAGCAUUUACAACUAAAGGGAAUUUAAAAGUACAUAUGGGUACUCAUUUAUAUGCAAAUGGUUCUCGUCGCGCUCGUCGUUUUGACUUUAAUGCUUAUGCAUCCAGUUCUUCUUCGAUGACAUCGGCAUCAUCCGCUACGACAACUGCCGUUCAAAGAGUUGGAGGGCUGUUAUCUAUUAAUAAUGGAGGAGUUUUUGAAAAUCCGGAAAGCUUUUUCGGCUUUUGGAGGUUGUUGGUUGCCUGGAAAACCAAUAAAGGUUUAAUUGAAAAAUCGGCGUCGGUUAGUCCAUGUAGUUAG